AUGGCUAGUAUUUUACGACGGCCUGCACAUAUCGCAAGGUAUUCCAGAAGCGCCGCAGAGCUAUUCACGACUUCGAAAUCGAUAUAUCCGCAUCACACACGGCCGCAACUAUGGUCAUUAAUAACCGCUCGACAGGCACGAUCGUAUGCCUCCAUUAAUCCGGGGGACCCGAAACGACCGGACGACAAGAAUAAGAACAAGAAGGUUCAGAAGAGCAAGGAUGAGGAGUUGGCGGAAUUCUUUGCGUCGCUCAAGAAGAAUGGACCUGAAGCCAAGAAGUCGUUCAACAGUGCAGCCGACGAGAAGGAAUUCUUGGAACAAUCCGUCCAGUUCAUCAACAAGUUGAUUUCCGAGAGCGGGUUGCCACAACGAGAGUCGGAGCUUCUUCGCCUUGUUCAGACCUUGUUGACUGAGGCCAAGUAUAUGCCGCCUGAGAUGGAGGAGUUUUUCAGAAAACAUGUGGAUCAGAAACAACCCAUGACAUUGGAGGAUUGGGAUAAGUUCUCGAAGUUUUGGCUACAGCAUAUCGGCGAGGAGAACGUACGCGCUGCCCAAUUUGCAAAGCUCUCUCCCGACGAAGUUAAGGCUUUGUUUAAGAAGAUUUCAGAGGAGAAACCCGAGGGAGGAUUUACAUGGGGCUCCCAGGAGCAGAAAAAGACCAACGGCCAGCCGGGUCAAAAGCCAAAAGAUGGCAAAGAUCCAAAGGGGCCUAAGGUACUUGAGUUCAAAUUCGAUCCUAGCAGCUUCAUUGUGACUUCCAUUCUUUCAUAUAUGUUAUAUACGACCUUCUUCCCCGGCGAAACUAGCAGGGAUAUUACAUGGCAGGAGUUCCGGUCGAACUUCUUCGACAAGGGCCUUGUGGAGAAAUUGACUGUCCUUAACCGUUCUCGUGUGCGAGUUGACUUGAACCGAGAAGCAGUUGCAGGUGAGAUGCCGGAUUCGCAGGCUGCGCAGCGCAACUUCCACUACUACUUCAACAUCGGCUCGGUUGAUUCCUUUGAGCGCAAGUUGGAAGAAGCUCACAACGAAUUGGGUAUUCCUACCUCGCAGCGUGUCCCAGUGGCCUAUGUCGAGGAAGUGCCAUGGCUGGCUACAGCUUUGUCCUUUGGACCUACUCUUUUGUUGAUCGGAUCGGUUUUCUACUUCUCGAGGAGAGCUGGUGGGGGUGCCGGUGGUCAGAGCAGCAUUUUCGGCAUUGGGAAGAGUCGAGCAAGACGUUUCAAUCACGAGACAGACGUCAAGAUUAAGUUUGCUGAUGUGGCAGGUAUGGACGAGGCCAAAAUGGAGAUUAUGGAGUUUGUUAGCUUCUUGAAGGAAGCAGAGAAAUUCCAGAGACUUGGAGCAAAGAUUCCUCGUGGUGCCAUUCUGUCCGGACCUCCCGGUACUGGUAAGACAUUGCUCGCCAAGGCCACCGCUGGUGAGUCCGGCGUACCUUUCUUUAGUGUCAGUGGAUCCGAGUUCGUCGAGAUGUUUGUCGGUGUUGGUCCCUCUCGUGUGCGCGACUUGUUCGCCAAUGCUCGAAAGAACACGCCUUGCAUUAUCUUCAUUGAUGAAAUCGAUGCUAUCGGUAAAUCACGAUCCAAGCAGAACUUUGGUGGCGGCAACGACGAGCGCGAGAGUACACUCAAUCAGAUUCUGACCGAGAUGGAUGGUUUCAAUACUUCCGAGCAAGUUGUCGUUUUGGCUGGUACCAACAGACCCGAUGUCCUUGAUAAGGCUUUGAUGCGUCCUGGACGUUUCGAUCGACAUAUCACUAUUGACCGACCAACAAUGAAGGGCAGAGAGCAGAUUUUCCGUGUGCAUUUGAAGAAGAUUCUUACAAAGGAGGAUAUGGAUUAUCUUUGUGGACGUCUCGCUGCUUUGACUCCCGGAUUCGCUGGUGCUGAUAUUGCCAACUGUGUCAAUGAGGCUGCUUUGGUUGCUGCCCGUGAACAGGCCGAUAGUGUCAAGAUGAAGCAUUUCGAACAGGCCAUUGAGCGUGUUAUUGGAGGUUUGGAGAAGAAGUCUCUUGUCCUCUCUCCAGAGGAGAAACGAACAGUAGCCUACCAUGAAGCCGGCCACGCCAUCUGCGGCUGGUACCUCAAAUGGGCCGACCCUCUCCUCAAGGUUUCCAUCAUCCCCAGAGGACAAGGAGCUCUCGGCUACGCCCAAUACCUUCCAUCCAGCGAAAAUUACUUGAUGACCGUCAACCAACUCAUGGACCGCAUGGCCAUGACCCUCGGCGGCCGUGUCAGCGAAGAACUCCAUUUCGACACAGUCACCAGCGGUGCAUCCGACGACUUCAACAAAGUAACCCGCAUGGCCAGCGCCAUGGUUACCAAAUUCGGCAUGUCCAAGGCCAUCGGCCCCCUUCAUUUCGAGGAAGACCAACAACAACUCCACAAACCCUUUUCUGAGGAAACAGCGCGAAACAUCGACCUCGAGAUCCGCCGUAUAGUCGAUGAAGCCUAUAAACGAUGCCAAGAUCUGCUAACGGAAAAGAAGAAGGAAGUCGGCCUUGUGGCGGAAGAGCUGUUGUCCAAGGAAGUCCUGUCUCGUGAUGAUAUGGUUCGUCUGUUGGGUCCGCGACCGUUCCCGGAUACUGGGGAGUUUACAAAGUAUUUCGGUGGAGGUACUAUCGCACCACCUGAGCCUCCAGCAUCUGAUGAAAGUACGAUGGGUAAAGAUGGUCGUGAUCAAAGCCCUCUUCCUACCUAA